GGUCUGUAUAAACAGUUUCCUUCUGUUUUCUCAGUCUACCUCCAGCCUUUGCCCCUGUGUUGCUUUGAGAUUUGAGGACCAGGACAUUUUUUCUGGAACCAACUGAUCCUCCUGCUUUCUGCACGGACCUCUACUUCUCACUGUGUGCCAAAAUGAAAUCUACUGCCAUGGAGAUCCUCCUUUGUCUAUUGGCUGGGUUCCCUGUUCUGAAGGCAAAUGACCCUACAGAUAAAAACAGCCCCUUUUAUUAUGAUUGGGAGUCGCUCCGGGUUGGUGGUUUGGUCUUUGCAGGCAUUCUGUGUUUUCUGGGAAUUGCUAUCCUCCUGAGUGGAAAGUGCAAAUGCAAGCCCAAAAGAGGCAGCAGUAGCAGCAUGCAGAUCAAUGUGGCACCAAGACAUGUGCUUGUAGGAGAAGCCAGCGAGUGCUGAACCUAGACGGAGCUCCUUGCAAUGAUAUCACCAGCCCUGGUCCUCCUUGGUGAAACAGCUCUCCCCCUGAUCAAUAAGCCGUGAACUUGUUGCCUUGAGCCCGCAAAUGGCUGACCUGUUCUUGCAUUCGUUUCAUGUAAUAAAAUCUUGCUGAUUUGUGGAAA